AUGUCGCUACCCCCCAAGAAGCUCAAGCCUUUGUCCGCCAUCUCAGAUGCACAGAGGGCCGCGUCUCCGUCACCGUCUAAGCUCCGCCCGCCCUCACGGCCGUCACUAGGCGGAAACAAUCAGCUGGGCUCUGCAAUGCGAUCUAUCUCGGGCACAAUAACCCCAAUCGGCACAGACAAGACUGUACGGCGGUCUGUUAGCAUCGCCUCGUUUCCUCAGCCUCCCAAGUCUAGCGGCAGGCUGUCAAUGGCAUCUGUUUCAAGCUCUGCCUCUCAUGCGACAACAACCACACCGCGCGGUACCCCCGACAUCACUAAAUCAGGUACUAUGAAGGCCAGGAAACAGUCUAGGCUCAGUUCAGGAACCACUAUGAGCAAUCGUAGCUCAAAGACGGUAUCGCUCCUGGACCAUAGUAGCGAUGGAAAGACAGUGUUGAAUGCGGCAGUUGGCAGAGACUCCGAAGGCCAGUUCAGCAUAUCUUCUCCCCCGCACAGCAGAAGCUCGUCAGCUCAGGGCUCUUACUCGACGAGCGCGACAACAUUUGACGAAAACGAAGAGACUGAACACGGCGCAAUGGAUCCCAAAGACACAUCGAAAAAGAGCCCUCGAUCAAAGGAAGUAAAAGGCAACGUCAUCGUUAGUGUGCGAGUCCGCCCGGAUAAUGGCGCCCAUGAUAAUUCUCGUACCGAAGGGGAAUGGAUGGUAGAUGGCCGGAGGUCGCUCAUUUCAUUUCGAGGCAAAGAGAGCGGCGACUACCUAUAUGAUAAUGUUUUCACGACGCAUGACAAUAACUCUCGAGUCUACGAUUCUUCAGCCAAGCGUCUAGUGCGGAGAGUCAUGGAAGGGUACCAUGGAACCGUUUUUGCUUACGGCAUGACGGGGACCGGAAAGACAUUCUCAAUGCAGGGAACCGCGUCCUCGCCGGGUGUUAUCCCAUUGGCCAUAACAGACAUAUUUUCCUAUAUCCGUGAAACUCCACAUCGAGAGUUUCUACUUCGCGUCAGCUACUUGGAAAUCUACAAUGAAAAGAUACAUGAUCUGCUUUCGGCUUCAACUGCGAAUGGCCCAGGUGCCCCCGCGCAACAGGAGGAAAUCAAGUUGCGUGAGGAUAGUAAAAGAGGCGUCUAUGCGACUCCUUUGAAAGAAGAAAUUGUGCAGAGUCCCACGCAGCUCCUCCGUGUCAUUGCUAGAGGAGAUCAUGCGCGAAGGACUGGCAGCACCCAAUUUAAUGCACGCAGCUCUCGAAGUCACGCCGUUGUCCAAAUCGUCGUCGAAAGCCGUGAGCGAGCGCCUAGCGGGAACGCAAUUCAAGAUAAGCGAUCAGCGGUUGCUCCAGGAGGUGUACGGGUCUCGACCUUGAGCUUGAUUGAUCUCGCAGGUUCCGAGCGUGCUGCAGAGAACAAAGAAAGACGGACAGAAGGUGCUCACAUCAACAAGAGCUUGCUUACGCUGGGUACUGUCAUUGCCCGACUUUCUGAGAGCAAGGAAAAAGCAACCAAUUCUGCAGAUAAAGAAGGCAAGCAUCUACCUUACCGAGACAGCAAGUUAACAAGACUGCUGCAACCAGCGUUGUCGGGAAAUUCACUCGUCAGCAUUCUAUGUACAAUCCAAAUAGGAGCAUCUGGCAGUGCUGCUCCAGCCAACUCACACACAAACGAAACACUUAACACACUUAAGUUCGCUGCCAGAGCAAAGAAUAAUAUUGUCAGUCACGCCAAAAAGGCAGAAGAAGCCUACGGGGGAAAUGGCGAUGGUGGAAGCAGAGUACUUUUGGAACGUUAUCGGAUGGAAAUUCAGAGCCUGCGCGCCCAAUUGGAGUCACAGAGCAAAACCCAGGCAGAAAAUGACUUGAAGAUGGAGGAAGAGAGGAUGGAAAAGGAAGCAGAGGCGCGCCACGAAGAGCAGAUGCUCGAGAUGCAACUAGCUCGGACUGCUCUCAAAGAGCGAAUUGAGCACCUCAACCGACUCAUCCUUUCAUCAAAAUCUACUGGUGUCAAUAGUCAAAGUGCGGCAGCCGCUUUUGAUCGAUCGUCUAGUAUGUCCGGUGUAAAUGAUACACGUACACGAUCACUAUAUUCGACAUCAAGCCAAUCUACACUUGGUGCAAACUCGUUACGAAGAGCAGUAUCGCAACAGUCUUUACACGGUGGUGAUCAUCUCAAUAAUUUCCAGAAUCAGCGCUCCUCAGUGGUGCAUGACGAGGACGAUGAUACUGUUGGCGAGUUUGGUGACGGAACUGCAAGUCUUCAGAUGCAAGUGACAGCCUUGCAGGCUGAUUUAGCAGAUAAAAACCGCUAUAUAUCCACCCUAGAGCGACGACUUCUUCAAGCGAGGCGUUCAAGUCAUUCAAGAAUGUCAAUGGGUCUGUCGCAAUUGAAGAACGGCGAUGACGCUGACAUGAUGGCUUUGUUACGUGAAAAGGAUAUGGAGAUCUCAGAGUUGCGCAUCCAAAUGGAUGACAAGGAUCGAAUGCUUACUGCUCUCCGUUCAGCAGCCCGUCAGCGAGACGUUGCUCAAAUGACGGCGGACGUGCCAGGCCAAGAAAAGCGGAUGGGUCAUCAUAACAGUGGAAGCAACGCCAGCUCACUUGCCAGUGGUCCUCCACUGAGUUCCGGCAGCCCGGUCAACACAGUUUCUCUUGCCAGUAUCUCAGAAAGAGAGGUGAAUCCGAACAGAAGAAGCGUUGACGAGGUGUCGCGCAUGCUUGAUGAAAUGAUUCAAGACCGGGUUGAACAUGGGCACUUUACGAAAACCUCACGCCGGAGCGUGCUCAGUUCGAAUGGUCCUAGCAGCUACACGGAACCAAUUGCGACAAAGGCCACGGCAUCCAGUGUUUCCGAGUCGCGGACCUCCAUUGUUGAGAUGCCAGCGGACGUACAAUACUGA